CAAUGAUCACAUAUUUUAUAUUAUAACAUUAAUAGUUAGUGUGCAGGAAAAUUCAUUUGGAUGUGCAAAUUGUAACGUUUGUAUGAUAAAUAAUCUUUGAAGUUUUCAAUAUUUCGAAAGGAUGAGGGAGUCAGUUGCCGGGUUGUUAUAUAACUAGUGUUCAUAUGAAGAAGUUGAGAGAAAACUGAUUAAUUGAUCAACCUAAAUGAGUGUCUGAAUUUCAAGUUUUUCAAAUGAAAGUUACCUGAAUAAGACACAUCUGUGAAUUCAUUUAAUACGGAAUUAUCUGUGACGUUAUCGACAACAUCACACACAAAAGAUUUUCGACGUUUAAUAUGUUACGUCAUUGAUAACGGCAUACGUCGAUAACAAAAUCAGUUUUAUAAAUGGAUAUAACAACCGAUUACGGAUAAACUUGCGAGACUUUCAAAAGCUUUUUAAGCGAUGUAUAGUUUGAAACCUACUUGAAAAAGGACUAUCAUGUUAUUUUACUUACAUUAUUUGUACAGAAUAUUUCUUAUAACUUGUUUGGUGUGGUUAAGUUGUGUCUCUUUCUCAGCGGUGUUAGCAUUCCCGAGACCAGUAAGCAAACAUUUUCCGGAGCAAAACUUGCCGGAACCUUCACGUUUGAGAGAUGGCCAAUCUUUCUGGGAAAAGCUUUUCGUCAUGAGACUACUGAAUUUAAUUGAAAGGCAAUCCAUGGCAAAUGAAGGGAUUUCUACCAGCGCUCAUUGGGUCAGGGACUACGUAUUUGAGGGAGAUAUCAUUCUAAAAAAAGAUCAAGCAGAACAAAUUUUAUACUUUAAUAAACAGCGGAAGAAAAGAAAACUUGACGCUCAAGUAAUGUCGACACCGUCAAUAAAAAAGUGGCCACUACCAAUUAAUUAUAUAUUUGACGGAAAACACACACAGGAACAGAGAAAAAAGAUUCGUAUUGGAAUAAAACAUUGGGAAGAAAACACAUGCAUUACAUUCACUAAUAUUGUUAACUCGACUGUAAAAAGUAUUAAAUUCAUCAAUGAUUCUGGAUGCUACUCCUUUGUGGGCAAUAGCCAUGGGAUACACGAGCAGACUAUCUCCAUAAGUCAACAGUGCACGAGAAAAGGCAUCGUUGCUCACGAAAUCGGACAUGCUCUGGGAUUCUGGCACGAGCAUGCACGUGCUGAUCGUGAUGAUUUUCUGUCAGUUAUUAGAGAAAAUAUCACAGACGGGCAGUAUCAUAAUUUUGAGAAAGUGUCAUGGGAAAUAAUCAACAAUUUAGAAGUGCCAUAUGAUUUAGGUUCUGUCAUGCAUUAUAAUGGAAUGCAAUUUAGUAAGGGACGUAAAAUCACAAUGCGAACUCACAAUCGACUUCAUCAAAAUACAAUAGGUCAGCGAGAGGAGUUGUCUUUCUUUGAUAUUAAACUGGCCAACAAGGCGUAUUGCAAUGAUGUUUGUGAUCCAAAUGAAUUAAAAGGAAGAUGUUUACACGACGGGUACCAGGACCCUAAAAACUGCAGCAGAUGCCGGUGUCCAGACGGUCUAGGUGGCGACUUCUGUGACCAAGCGGCACCUUCAAGUCAUGAAUGUGGAGGACAUAUACACCUCACUGCAUCUUCAUUACACACUAUUACCUCCCCGGGAUACCCUGACUUUUACCAAGGAGGAUUACAGUGUUCUUGGUUAAUUCAGUCACCAAAUGGAACUGCUGUUAACAUACAGUUUGAAAGACCGUUCAUGCAGAGUCAGUUCUGUGAUAAUUUACAGCCAUACUUGCCGUGUGAAGAUUUUGUAGAGGUUCGCUUUACAGAUAGCCUCGGUAUAACAGGCGGCCGAUUUUGUUGUAAUGAUGGUAUUCAAAGUGCAACUCUGGACAGACCAAUAGUAACACAUACAAAUCAUGCUUUGAUUCUUUUCAAAACCUACGCACACGGAAGUGCUGGGUUUAAAGCGCACAUAUCAAUUGAAAGUUGUGGUGGUUGCCUGAACAAUGUGACAGAUGGGCAGGUCCCGUGUAAACGGAAGGAAACAAAAGACUGUUAUCAAACUUGGUAUAAACGAACAAAAUUAAAUGGUUGCGGCAUCCAGUUCUGGGGUUGUUACACUCCGUACAUAAUAAGACCAGUUCGAAGGUUGAGUAAAUGUUAUUCGGAGGUAGCUUACUGUUGUAAAGGUUAUAUUCUGUCUCCGGACAAAAACAACUGUACAAAAGACCCAGAGGCAGUUACAAAGGAAGAAGUGGAGGAUGAAGGAAAAAGUGAUGACGGAGACACGUCAGACACUGGUAUCAUCGAAGAAGACCAAGGUAUUCCUAAUGGUUGGUCAGGAUGGACAGACUGGUCUACAUGUAAUAAAACUUGUGGCGGAUGCGGAACACAGUCCAGAUCAAGACGGUGUCCGGCAGGUGAAAAGUGUGUGGGAGACAACAUUGCCACUAAGUCAUGUGGAAACAGCACGUGCGCAUAUGGAAAUGUGCAGCAAGCGUGCUCGAGGACUAUUACUAAGUCAAGACCUUGUGGUUUUUCGGGCUUUUUCUUUGGAGGAUCAUCAAAAACUUGUUAUUCGUAA